AUGAAAGCCAGAGACUCGGAUGGAGACUCUGCCAUUGCGUCUUUGGAAGAUAUCAGCGUGGCGUCCGCAUCCGGUCAUGAACAAUUUCGAGCUAUCGUUUCCAUCUCUGGUAUGACUUGCAGCUCUUGCGUGGCGAGCAUUACGCAUGCUAUACAGAGCCAGCCGUGGGUGGUUUUUGUCGAUGUCAAUCUCCUGACGAGUAGUGCUUCCGUCGUAUACCACGGCAAGAGUAACGGAGACCUACUGGUGGGUCUUAUCGAUGAUGCUGGAUUCGACGCGACCUUGGACCGUAUCGAGAAUCUCACCUCGUCUCAUGGGACUGGUUUGGAUCAUGACAGAUCGUCCGGAGGUGAGCAAUCUACUCAACGCACCGUGGCCAUUCGAAUCGAGGGGAUGUACUGUAAACACUGUGUGUCGCGGGCUGUAUCAUCGAUUGAGAACAGAUUUGCGCCAGGAGAAGUCAACAUCCUGACUCCGCCAACCGAGAGCAGUCCGAUCAUGGUCGUCCAGUAUGUGCCAAAGCUACCAAUGAGGACGAUCCGAUCGAUAAUUUCUGCGAUCUCCUCAGUGGAUCCAGCUUUCGAAGUCUCCGUCUACCAUCCCCCAACAGUCGAGGAUCGCGCGAGAGAAAUGCACUCUCGAGAACGAAAACGCAUCCUUUUCCGUUUGGCUCUUUGUGUGGUCAUGGCAGUUCCGACGUUCGUUGUUGGCAUCUUAUACAUGAGCUUGGUAUCUGAACACAACACUGUUCGGAUGUGGUUCAUGGGGCGCUUCUCGCGACAUACUGGAUACGUUAGUCGUGCGCAGUGGAUCCUAUUCAUGUUGGCGACUCCAAUCUACUUCUUCGCUGCUGAUGUGUUCCACCGGAAAACGUUCAAAGAAGUGAAAGCACUGUGGAGGCCUGGUAGUCGUGUCUCGAUCUGGCAUAGACUGACACGAUUCGGGAGUAUGAAUAUGCUCUUGUCGCUGGGAACCUCGAUAGCAUACCUUGCUUCCAUUGCAGAAUUAGCUCUCUCCGCAUCCGGGACAAGCGAUGUUCCGGAUAAAGACUACUACUACGACACUGUUGUGUUCCUCACUAUGUUCAUCCUUGCUGGCAGAUAUCUCGAGGCUUACAGCAAAGCCAAGACUGGAGAUGCUGUCAAUGCUCUCAGCAAGCUACGUCCAGCGGAAGCAAUCUUGGUAGACGCAGAGUAUGGCCAGGACCAGGUUGUACGCACAGAUCUUCUUGAAAUUGAUGAUGUAGUCAGGAUUCACCACGGUAGCUCCCCACCGUUCGACGGGACGAUCGUAGAAGGGAGCACCAAAUUUGACGAGUCCAGCCUCACUGGUGAAUCUCGUCUCGUUGAGAAAAAUACCGGCGAUCCAGUCUAUUCCGGCACGAUCAACCAAGGCGCGCCGACGACUAUGCAAUUGACCACCGUAUCCGGGACUUCGAUGCUCGACCAGAUCAUCCAGGUCGUCAGGGAAGGCCAGACUCGUCGAGCACCUGUUGAACGGAUAGCAGACAAGAUAACCAGUCACUUUGUUUCGAUCGUGGUACUCAUUGCAGUUGUCACCUGGUUGAUCUGGCUCACUCUUGGUCUUUCAGGUUCUCUACCUGAUCACUACCGUGACAGUUCUACCGGCGGCUGGCCGUUGUGGUCACUUCGUUUCGCCAUUGCUGUCUUCGUGGUGGCCUGUCCAUGUGGAAUUGGUCUUGCUGCGCCCACUGCUUUAUUCGUGGGAGGGCAGCUUGCCGCUCGGCACGGAAUACUGGUCAAGGGGGGUGGCGAAGCAUUCCAGGAAGCUAGUCGGAUCGACUGUAUCGUCUUCGACAAGACUGGAACGCUGACUGAGGGAGGCUCUCCAAGCGUUACGGAUCAUUACAUUUCUGAAUCAGAGAACAAGGACAUGGUGCUCAACUUGGUUCAUGCCCUAGAAGAGCAGAGCAGCCACCCUAUUGCUAAAGCUCUCGCAAGUUUCUGUAAUUCUGACGCCAAACUACCAACAAUGCCACCUUUUGAAGUGACUGAAAUUCCUGGAAAAGGUCUCGAGGCUAUAUUUUCGCUACCAGAGGACACUACCUCGCAACCCGUAGCUGCCCUCAUUGGCAACGAAGCUCUCUUAGCCUCCCACUCCGUGCCCCUAACCCCUAUCCUCGACCUGCUCUCCACCUGGCAAUCCCAAGGCAAAUCCAUCGCCCUCCUUGCCCUCUGUCACAACCCCUCAACACCCUACACCCUCGCCGCCGCCUUCGCCAUCUCAGACCCACUCCGCCCCUCAGCCGCACCCACCAUCGCCGCCCUCAAACACCGCGGCAUCGAAGUCUACAUGCUCUCAGGCGACAACCCCACCACCGCCCGCGCCGUCGGCGCCCAACUCGCCAUCCACCCAAACAACAUCUUCGCCGGCGUCCUCCCCAGCGAGAAAGCCGACAAAAUCGCAUACCUGCAAGCCACACUGCCCAGCAAGCGCACCGGCCGCCGCGCACACAUCGCCUUUGUCGGCGACGGCAUCAACGACGCCCCCGCGCUCACCCGCGCCGACGUCUCCAUAGCCAUCGGCUCCGGCUCGGCCGUCGCGCUGGCGUCUGCGGGCUUCGUCCUGCUGCGCAGCGACUUGGCCGCCGUGCUGACGCUCGUUCGGCUCAGCCGUGUGGUGCUGACGAGGGUGAAGUGGAACUUCGCGUGGGCGCUCGUGUAUAAUUGUGUUAUGGUUCCUGUGGCGGCGGGUGGGCUGUAUGCUGUCAGGUCGGCGGGUGGUGGUGCGCAUGUCAGGCUUGAUCCGGUUUGGGCGAGCUUGGCUAUGGCGGCGAGUAGUUUGAGUGUGGUGGGUAGUUCGGCGCUGUUGGCGACGAGGGUUUGGGGGAUUGGUUGGAGAGGUGGAGGGGAGGUGAAGCGGUAA